AUGGCAGUGAGAGAUAGUCAGAUGGCCAAGCUAGCCAAGCCCAUUCGUUGUAGCGACUUUGCCGAUAAAGCGCUAGCCUGGAUCAAAAGUGAUGGAACACGACGGUCUUCCAGAGCAGAUCAAUCGACUCGCAAAAGCACUUUAUCUUUUUUCACAUCGGAACAGCUUUCUACGUGUGAGGAACCGACAGAUCCUUUCGAAAAUGAGGAUGGCACAGGCAGUGAAUUAGGCAUGCAGGAAGUGAGUCGCGAGCAUAGCGCCACAGGUCUUGCCCACGCCAUAGCACCACUCCCGCCCUGGCUACGUGGAUGUCACGCGCAUGUCACGGAAAUGUCACGUAGACGAUCGGCAUUGGAUCGAUCGGCUUGGGAACGUCUUGCCGUAGUCAUCAGUGGAGCUGAAGCAAUGGUUCACGCUACUAAAGGAAAAAGAAUGGGAUUUUUAAGCUUUAGUUUUCAUAUUUUUGAUAUGCACCAAAUGCAUGUCGUUUUCAUCUUGAUUUCAUCAAGUUAUCGGGUAACCCACUGUGAUUACGAGCUUCAGCCUUCCUCACCUUCGCUUGUCCAUGCAUUUUACGAAACAAAUAAAAAUUUUCCUGGAAAAAGAUGCCUAAAAGAAAGAAUUGAGCCUGAUAAGGAACUUUCAACUCGACCAUUUUCAACUCGACAGUUACCAACCUUUUCACCAUCGCUAUCAAUAGUGAUGAUGACAAGAAACAGACCAAGCAGUCGAGGAUCAACUCCAGCCAUGUCAAAGACGAAGAUCGAACGCUUGCAUGUUUCUGAUGAAUAUCAAACAAGAGGACUUGGUGGACCUUAUAACGAGGAAUGGCCAGUUAAACAGUUCACGAUUCAAGAUGAACAAAGAGGAGAGAAAAUGAAAGAGUCACGAAAUGGAGAAUCACUGAAGAGCAAAAAUAUUUAA